CAGCACAAAAGCAAACAGGGAAGCUUCACUGUCCUGCUCCCAAACUACCUUCACUCGCUUUUCACUGCACACUCGUCCGCCGGCUUCUUCCAGCCUUUUUUUUCUUCCUAUUUAUGAAAACGUCACUUCAAGUCCCUCCCUGUUUGAAUCUCAUUAGUUUCUUGUGUGUUUCUCCCUGUCAAUAAUCCUGAAUCCAGACUCUCUCUAUUUCCAUCCCUCUCUAUCUGUCAAUCAGCGCCGCCUUUGAACUGAAAACCACUCCGACCAACUUCAACUCACUCAAUCCGAGCGGCUCAGCUCCAUCUCCGGCUUCUUUUUCUGCCAAGAUUCCCCUCUUUUUAGUUUGUACUAACCGCCAGUGCUUGGAAAACGCCAAUACAGACCCUAAACUUAAACUCGGAUUCUAGAUCACAAAGAUCAAGGGUUUAAAACUUUGUGUUUUUGCCCCCCAAAAUUGCUCGGGAAAAUGCCGCAGCUCAACGGCGGUGGAGGGGACGAUUUGGGUGCGAACGAUGAAAUGAUUUCCUUCAAAGACGAAGGGGAACAGGAGGAAAAAAUAUCGGAGAACUCUUCGGCAGAAAGGGAUUUAGCAGAUGUCAAAUCUUCUCUUGUAAAUGAAUCAGAAACGAAUCAAAACAGCUCUUCGGAUUCGGAGGCGGAAAGACGGCCUCCGCCUAGAUCUGAAACUUUCAGAGACAAAACAAGAGAAAGUUUAGAGGAGGCUGCGAAACGGCAAGAUGGAGGGUUGUUCAAGAGCCCACCGUACCCGGGCUAUCCAUUUAUAAUGAUCCCCGAUCUUACAAGCCCGUACCUUCCGAAUGGAUCUCUUUCUCCAACUGCACGCACAUACCUACAGAUGAAAUGGCCCCUGCUAGAUGUUCAACCAGGAGGUCUGCAAAGUAGACAAACACUUAAAGAUGCCAGGUCCCCUUCACCGGCACACAUCGUUGGGCCCUUCUGCUUGGAAUUCCCCGGACAGUCAGAUCUGAGCCUUCACCAAUUUCAGUUGUCUAAUAAGGUCCCCGUGGUACAGCACCCUCACCAUGUGCACCCGCUCACACCUCUGAUCACCUACAGCAAUGAGCACUUCACACCAGGCAACCCCCCACCACACCUACAGACAGAUGUGGAUCCCAAAACAGGAAUACCAAGGCCUCCACAUCCUCCAGACAUAUCUCCCUACUACCCUCUAUCGCCUGGCACUGUCGGCCAGAUACCCCAUCCACUGGGAUGGUUAGUUCCACAGCAAGGUCAACCUGUUUAUCCAAUCACGACAGGGGGUUUCAGACACCCUUACCCAACUGCGCUCACUGUUAACGCAUCCAUGUCAAGUCUUCUCUCCUCCAGAUUCCCCCCUCACAUGGUGCCCCCCCACCACAGUUUGCACACCACGGGCAUCCCCCACCCAGCCAUUGUCACACCCAACGUCAAGCAGGAGUCCUCACACAGCGACAUUGGCUCCCUCAACAGCUCUUUCCCUCUCCCCCUGUCUCUCCUGCUCCACAGGAAACACGCUGACUCAAAAAAAGAGGAGGAAAAGAAGAAGCAGCCACACAUAAAGAAGCCUCUGAACGCCUUCAUGCUGUAUAUGAAGGAGAUGAGGGCCAAGGUUGUGGCUGAGUGCACGUUGAAGGAGAGUGCCGCCAUCAACCAGAUCCUGGGCCGAAGGUGGCACGCCCUGUCACGGGAAGAGCAGGCCAAGUACUAUGAGCUGGCCAGGAAAGAGCGACAGCUUCACAUGCAGCUCUACCCAGGCUGGUCAGCACGAGACAACUAUGCGGGUAACCAACAGGGGAAAAAGAAGAAGAGAAAAAGGGAUAAGCAGCCAGGAGAGGGCAAUGAACACAGAGAAUAUUUUCCAAACCCUUGCCUUUCACUUCCUCCGAUUACAGACCUGAGUGCUCCUAAGAAGUGUCGAGCGCGCUUUGGGCUCGAUCAGCAGAAUAACUGGUGUGGCCCGUGCAGGAGAAAAAAAAAGUGCAUUCGCUACAUCCAAGGUGAAGGCAGCUGCGCCAGUCCUCCGUCUUCGGACGGAAGCAUACUAGACUCCCCCCCUUCCUCCCCUUGCUCGGUGGCCCCCUCCCCCUCCUCUAAGGAGUCCAAACCUCAGACUGAACAAAUGCAACCUCUCUCACUGACUAUGAAACCGGCCCACCAGCCUCUCCACCACCCGCACCUCCUGGCUGGGCUCGCCCCUCCUCCUCCAUCUUUGGUUCUUCUGGAAAACACUGCUGCACCUGUGGCCCGAAAAACGCCCAGUGCCACCCACAACGGAGCCCUGGAGCACAGUGACGUCUCGUCCUCGCGGCCGCCGGGCUCCUCAGUGGUGUCCUCCCUAGCCCGGCAGUCAGCAGGGCUGUGUCAUUCCCACUCACUCCUCCCCAACUCUACCACCCCUCAGCCUCUGUCACUUGUGACCAAGUCUAUAGAAUAGUAUCUUCCUUUUCACAUGUCCCGUUCCCUUUUUUUCUAACUCUGCACAGCUCUUAUCUGGGCCCUCUUUCCUCUUUGUCUGCUCUGUUCAUAAUCUUUUUUUUUUUGUUUCUGUGCCAUACGGCUUUGAAAAUGUGUUCUUAUUUUAUCAAAGUUCAUUGGUCAAUAUUUGACCCAUCAUUGAAAAAUUAUUAUUAUAAAGAAAUAAAACAAUGAGCUGUAGUGUAGCUUGUGAAUUUGCCAAAAUGUAUCUUUUUUUUGUUAUGUAGCUCAACUUAAAACAGGUUUAACAGACUGAUAUAAAAAGGUAGGCUAGAUUAUUUGAUGAGCCCUUUUCUUGAAAGAGUUGGUUCUCCAUCAUUAUUUGUAUUAAAUACGAGCUUUUGAACCAAUCAUUUGACACCUAUUCAAAUCCUGGAGGGCAUGAGGAUCUCAACGAGGGCACGAGGGCACCUCUCAACGAGGAAUAACUUUGUGACAUUAAUUGUUCUUGUUUAAAUGUACAGAAAUAUUGGGGGGGGGGGGUACUGUGUUUAAUAUGCAUUGUUCCAUUGCGUUGUCUUUUUUAUUUUUGUUGUUUACCUUUGGGGAUGGAGUCAGGGUGGGUGAAUUUGGAGAGAAGGCAAGGGGGUGGGGCUGUUGAGGGUGGGUGGGGGUUGUGGGUAUUCAAUACAAAAUGUCACAACGCUAGGACCAGUAGUAUUUAUUGCUUUAGAGAUUGCUUGUUGUAUCUUGUAUGUUGUCCCUUUUUAAAUAUUCUUUUCUUAACACAUUGUAAAAAUAUUUUUUCUUAACGUAAGCAACUUAUAUAUCAAAUGAUCCAUUUUUAUGAGGACACAAAUUACAAGUUCACUUUCUUCACUGAAAACUUGGAUUCCACCCAAUGUACUGUGUAGAUCUUGCAGAAGUAUGCACAACUUAAUUUCAAGAAAUACGUCUAUAAGCCAUUUUACAAAAGAAGAAAAUAAAUCUUGAAACUACAGACAGUGGGUAACGUGUCUUCGGUGUAGUUGGAAAAGUGUUCAAAGCCCUUCUUUUUUAUUACAGUCCAUCUCUAUCAGACUGUACAGAUUUGUGUACAGAUUUUCCGUGCCAAAUUUUGUGAUAAUUUCCUCUCCCCUCCUAACCACGUUGUCGGGUUCUUUUUUUAGUUGUUUUUUUAUUUUACACUAUUCUUUGCUGUGACGUUACAUAGAUUGCUAUGUAUGUAGUAUAAAUGUUGCUAUAACAAAUGUGUUUGGUAGCAGAUUGUCAAAUAUAAAAAUUUAAACUGAAUAAAAAGGCGGACUUGAUGCUGUAUAAAACCCACAAGGGCCAAAUUAUGUAUAUUAGGAGGUUCAUAAAAAAAUUUAAUAAAAACAAAAAAAUACACAAACUGCCACUUUUAAGUACACUACUACAUAUAGGUAGAUAGAAAAAAAAUAGGCAUGUUGAUGUUGCAAGAGGCUGUAAAAAAAUAAAAAUAAAGCUACAAAAGAAUCACACCCGGUGCCAUUGUAGUUGACAUGACGCAACUGUAACCUGUCAAUUUCUUCUCUGGUUUAUUAAGAUGCUAAUGAUGAAUAGUUUGAAUGUUUCCUUAACGGCUGUGAUGUUCCUGUUCUAUUUUAUGCUCUUUAUCUUCUUUUGUUUUGUUUCUAUUUUUUCCCUGUUAUUUCAAAUGGUUCCAAUACCAUGUUUUUGUAAUGAAUAAAUGUUUAUGCUGUACAGUCUCUGUAGCAUGCAGUUCUGUAUUAAUAAAAGCGACUUAGUAUGUGCAGAUCAAA